CAACAGUUACGCAGAUGUCGUUAUGGAGACUGUGGCGAGGCUUUCAGCUGGUUAGCCAAACAUCUCCAGCAAAAGACAUGAGCAGAAAAACCAGACGGAGAAAACUGCAACACUUUAUCCACAACUAACCGUCCGUGUAAACCCACAUCUUUUAAGAGGAGCCUUGUCGAUGGUCAGACCCUGUUUUGGACCAAACUUGUGAAACCGCUGAACACUUACAUGGCCACACUCCACUGCAUCGCGGUGAAACCCAAAGCUAGUGCAGCCUCUCCGCUUCAUAUUUUAGCAUGUUAGCGUACGGCUAGCUGCCCUCCAUCCUCAUCUCUGGCCCCUCCAGGGGGAGCUCUCAUCUCGGUACCGUAGCCCCAAACCAUUCCAUCACCUCAUUUGGUUUAUCUCCCAUCUUCAGCUUUUGUUUGUGGUACUAUUACUGAGUUUGCCUCAGUAUUGUCAUCCACUUACCCUUGCUUUAUAUUACAUUAUCAUCUUUUUUUUUUUUUUUUCUUCAAACACGCUUAAGAACAAUAAACAGAAUUCAACUCCAAUUUUAUCACCAAAUCUGAACACUUUAACUCUGAGGCCGCAAGACGGUCGUUCCGGUGGUCAUUUGGGUUGCAUGGAAUUGGCCUAACCGUGGAGAAGCCGGGCUACCACAAGCUGAUGGACUUUGACAAGCGCGGAGUGGGCGGGGGAGGGGGGGAGGGGGGCGGGGAGGAGGGGGGCAAGGCCGAGGCGGAGGACGGGAAGAGGAUGUCCGGAAAAGCGGGCAGCCGCUCGGGGCACAGCGGCCGGGGAACGGGGUCCAACUCCGGGGUGCUCAUGGUGGGGCCCAACUUCAGGGUGGGCAAGAAGAUCGGUUGUGGGAACUUCGGAGAGCUCCGACUGGGCAAGAACCUCUACACCAAUGAAUACGUCGCCAUCAAGCUGGAGCCAAUCAAGUCUCGAGCGCCACAGCUUCAUCUAGAAUAUCGCUUCUACAAACAGCUGGGGAGUUCAGAGGGGGUCCCGCAGGUGUUUUACUUUGGUCCAUGUGGGAAGUACAACGCCAUGGUGCUGGAGCUGCUCGGGCCCAGUUUAGAAGACCUGUUUGACCUCUGUGACCGGACCUUCUCCCUCAAGACUGUCCUCAUGAUAGCCAUACAACUGAUAACCCGCAUGGAGUUCGUGCACACUAGAAGCCUGAUCUAUCGGGACGUAAAGCCAGAGAACUUCCUGGUCGGCCGGCCCGGCUCCAAACGGCAGCACACCAUCCACAUCAUCGACUUUGGGCUGGCAAAGGAGUACAUCGACCCUGAGACCAAGAAACACAUCCCCUACAGAGAACACAAGAGCCUGACUGGGACUGCACGCUACAUGAGCAUCAACACACACCUGGGCAAAGAGCAAAGCCGGAGGGAUGACCUAGAGGCGCUAGGACACAUGUUCAUGUACUUCCUCAGAGGGAGCCUGCCCUGGCAGGGACUCAAGGCGGACACUCUGAAGGAGCGAUACCAGAAAAUCGGAGACACAAAGAGGGACACACCUAUAGAGGUCCUCUGUGACAGCUUUCCAGAAGAGAUGGCCACGUACCUGCGAUACGUGCGGCGCCUGGACUUCUUUGAAAAACCCGACUACGACUAUCUGAGGAAGCUGUUCACCGACCUGUUCGAUAGAAACGGAUACAUCUUUGACUACCAGUACGACUGGACCGGGAAGCCCCUGCCCACGCCCAUCGGACCCGUCUCCACAGAGACACCCCUGCAGACGGGGAACAGAGAGAAGGCGCCUCAGACCAAAAACCAGGUGAUGAACUCCACCAAUGGGGAGCUGAACACAGACGACCCCACCGCGGGACACUCGAACGCACCAAUCACAGCCAACGCAGAGGUGGAAGUGGCUGAUGAUACUAAGUGCUGCUGCUUUUUCAAGAGGAGGAAGAGGAAAGCUCUCCAGAGACACAAAUAAAGCUCUAUUCUGGGGCUUUCCCUGUCCUUCUGUCUCCUGUACCUCUGUCUCUCACACACACGCCCUCAGUACGGGGGGUCCAGCGGCUACCCUGGACACAUGCCCCCUGAGGAGAUAAAGUACAGACUCCAAAUGUAAAACUGGAUUCACAGCGCGGUGGACAUAUGAGCUUACCACCAACAGCUGAACAUGAAUGAACAGUUGUCUAUAGACUGUAAUUUUUUUUAAUUUUCAGAUGAUUUUUCCUUACUGACUGGUUCAGAGGAGUUUAUUCUGAAAAGUAGGACAUUUAAGGACGGAUUUGGACCAUAACUUUGCAGAUACUUCACCUGGAGUUCAAAUGCAGGCUCUGGGGCUGAGUCAAAACUGGAAUCUAUUCUCAGAAGGUGACCUCUCUCUCUCACACCGAAUGAAACGUUAAAGAUGUUUAUGUUAAAGACUAUGCUUUCUCUGUUUUAAUUUGUCACUAAACCAUCUGGAACCUGCGUUCACUCUGUCCUUUCAGUUGUUUGAAAGUUUGUGUUUUGUAGCUUCUUAGUGUGUUAACUCCAAAUGUAAUUUUUUAAAUAACUUGUAUUUUUAAUUUUCUUUUUUUCUUUGUUUUUCUCUCUGGGUUGGAGGAUUGGACGUUGAAAUCUCCAUUAAAACAACCAAACAGAAUAAAAAACAUCAUGAACAUA